ACCAUAUUUGUUUUUUAGGUAGUGCUGCAAAGACGUGUUCGAGAUUGAGUAUUAGUUCAUUAAUCUUCCAAAAACAGGACCCUGAAAUUCGUGAAGACAUGGUCGAUAUUAAUCGUUCGCAACGAGUCAGAUUUGGAAUAGUCAGUUACCCGUCUAAAUUUGAAAUGAUCGAAAACUUUUCUGGGGCUGAAUCCGAAUGUUCCAGAGAUGACUUUUUCAACAUAUUUGGAUGCCAUGGUUUCAAAGCUUUCUCUUGUAUUUUACAUUCAGAUACUGCUCUAUAUGUUUUUGAUUGUCUAGGUGCUUGAUAUUCACUUGAUCGGGUUAUGGUCAUUGGUCAAAGACCAUUUUAUGGCAUGUUUCAGAAUAUGUUUAAGUCCUACGGACGUUAGUCCGUUCAGCCAUUUUUCUUUUUUCUCUCUUUAGAGGGUCAUGAAUGAUUUAAAU